GGGAACUUCUAAAGCCCUGAAGAAAGCCCUCUGAGCUGGACGCAGCAACAUGAAACUCCCCCUACUUCUGGCUCUUCUGUUUGGAGCAGUUUCUGCUCUCCACCUCAGGACUAAAACGUCCAACUUUGAGAGCCCUUUGGGAGAUGAGACCCUGCCUCAGGACAGGAAGGUGGCAGGACGGGGGGCUGAGGAGACGCCCCCUGGAGCGCUGACGCAGCUGCAGGAGGAGGUGCAGGAAGAGGGGUGCUUCCGAUGCGAAGGUGCCCUUGACGAAGAGGGAGCUGCUGAGUCAGGCUCAGACUUGGAUGUGGUGGACACGGCCUUACAAUGUCCUAAGGAAGAUGACACAGUAAAACUGGCGAUCAGCCCUGGAUGCAAGACUUGCAAGCGCUACAUCCUGGUGAGGCAUGCCCAGACCUUCAAUGCAGCUGAGGCUGUGUGCCAGAAGUGCUACCGGGGCAACCUGGUCUCCAUCCACAGCUUCAACUUCAAUUACCUAAUUCGAAGUGCCGUUCAUAUACUCAGCAAUAUUCAAGUCUGGAUCGGGGCCACAGUCACGGGCCCGAGCAACUGCCAACACUUUCACUGGAUUGAUGGCAGCUCCUGGAACUUUGCAUACUGGGGUCAUAGGGAGCCCUGGGGCUGUAGUGGCACCUGCAUAAGCCUGGGUACCCGAGGAGGCCAUUGGCAUCGAUCUCACUGUGCAACUAGGCUCCCCUUCGUCUGUUCCUACUGAACAGACCCCAGCCAGGAGUUCAAAGCCAUCCACUUCUGGGCACCUGCCUUCCUUCCCCUGCCUGAUGCCCCUCCCCCCAUCUCCCUGCAAUAAAAUCGCUUCACUGAAACAGA